AGAGUCACCUGGAGAAGAAAACGUUUCUGUGGAUUCACUGCUGUCUGUGACCGGGCUGCAGGUCUGAUAUCUGCGGGUUUAUAUUUUAUCACACCUAGUUUUACAUUUAAGGAACAUUUUUAUGGCGGUGCUAAAAUAUUUCUGCAACACUUUUUAGGUUCAUAUCAAGAUUUGUUUAAUUUUAGAAAGCAAGAAAACGUUUGUUUCACAGUGCUGGAAAUAACCGAGGCAGAUUUGGAACUUAUUUCGAUUUUUAUUUUUAAACACGUUGACUUUGCGGCCAAGUCCAAAGAUUGUCCAGGACAUUAAAAUGAUUUUUGUGCUCAGGACAAUUCUGUGGUCCCUCAUGAGUCUUCAGGUCACUGCUGCUGCCUCAGGCUGUGAAGGAGGACAAUGUGACGCAGGUCGACCUACACUGUCAUCACCACCUUCAUCAUUGACAUCGUCAUCGACUUCUUCGUUGCUUAAAUCUAAAGACUUCCUGGCUCAGUUCGCUCAGGUGAACUCUCCAAACGGCGGUGACCGUAAACACCGCGAUGCCAGCGCCGUCCUGCCGUUCAUUGGCCUCACAGGAAAUUCAGAACUGAGUCGUAACUGCUGUAAAAAUGGAGGAACCUGUAUCCUGGGAACUUUCUGCACGUGCCCACCGUUCUUCACUGGACGCAGCUGUGAAUACAACCAGAACAUCAGGAGCUGCGGUUCGAUUCCUCACGGUGUGUGGGUUCGUAAAGGCUGCUCCUACUGUCGCUGUGUCUACGGCCUGCUGCACUGUUUCCCUCACGUCUUCCACACAGACUGCGACGACAGUGAUGACGUGACCUGGUCUCACUCAUCAGCAGUCAGGACUGUACAGAACAACACCAUCCUGUGGGUGUCACUGUUGCUCCAGCUUCUUCUGCUACGACGUUUCCUCUGAUGCUGAAGAAAAUUUAAUAGACAAAAACAUAUUUAUUGGAUGAAACUCUUGUCAGAAAACUGGAGGAUGUCCCUGUUUUUUAGACUUGUCUUUCUAAAGGAAACUCCUGGACGUGGUCAAACCUCUGGAUCGUCUUUAAAUUUCCUCAGAACUCUGUGGACCUACAGCGAGAAAUAUCCUUCCCAACACUUCCAAAAUCAACACCUCUGCAGAUGAUACCAUGAUGUUUGUGUGGCUUUGAAGACCUCUUAUCUUUCACUCCAUUGUUUGUCAGGGACAUUAUGCAGCAAGAAAGUCAAACAACACUGAAGACAAGUUCAAAAAACAAACAAAAUGACAGUAAAAACUUGUCAUCCUGGGAAAAGAUCCAAAUUUAACACGGCGUCAAGAGUGUGUAAUAGUGUACAAAAAGUUUUAAUAAUGGUGUUUUUCUUCAAAUAUCAGACUGUUUUUGUUAAAGAAGUUUCUGAGAUUUGUUUCUUGACUUUAUAUCUUCUGUAUAUUUGCACAAACAAUGAGAUUAUUUUUGGCUCUAAAAUGUCUUUAUUAAAGAGCAAACGGUGUUGAACUAACGCUGUCUGUAAUAAAGUCAAAAGGGAAACCAGUGUGUGUGUGUGUGUGUUAUCUGUAGGUAUUUCCAGUGAGAGCUGUUUUCUUUCUUUCUUAUCUCCAGACUUUAUUGAUGAGCUUUAAAUCAAUUAUCAGCAGCCCUCUUAUCUUGUCCCAGCAGGGCUGGAGCGACAGUGUAGACCAGAAGUGUUGCCUCAAAUCUGCCAGGCCAACUGGUAGAGUGAUUCAGAAAAUAAAUGAAUGAAUGAAAAAAAAGCCUCAUCAUUAUCAUGAAUAAAGGUUAGCUACAACGCUGCUAAAACCUAAGAGUUUUUAUACAUUUCCACAAACAAAAACAAGCAGAGAAUUUACAAAAGUUGUUUUCAACUGUACAUUAAAUGUUGUGUGAAUAACUACAAAGAAAUUCAUGUGAGAAUUCUUUGACUCCACCAGCUGUGUCACACCACACUCACACACACACACUGACAAAAUCCUUCUUAGUCAAUAUGUCUGUGUCUCACUGAGCUGCGUGAUUAUUUCCUCGUUGCUUUUCUCUCAGAUCUAAUACCUGCCAAUCCCUCCUCUGAUCUCUCCUUUGUUAUUUUGAUCUUCAGACUAAAGGUGCACAUGUAAUCCUGGAGUCCAUGAUUGGACAGAGAUUAUUCCGGAAGACCUCCUGCUGCCUCGUCUUCCAGCCGAGGAAGGAACGACUCGAACCUUCUCUGCUUGUUGCCGUCGUGCUCCUGGAUUGGUCUCCUCUGGGGGUCAGCUGUGAGGUCACAGGUAUUUGACUGCAGGUUUAAGUGGACUGUGUGAAAAUGUUGUUUUCCUGCAGUGGGACAGUUCCACAGACAGAUUGACUACACUGACAGGUUUUACAGAUGACAAUGGAUGACAGGAUCAGAGCGAAGCACUGACGGCAGCGGAGAGGGAGGGGUUGAGGUGGUCAAACUGGAGAAAGGAGAGACCACUGACAGAGACAGAAGACUCAGGACAGAGACAGUGGCUAAAGAGACAAAAGACAAAGUUCAGAGUAAGUAUGAAAUAGGAUCAAGUCCUUCCACCCGACUGAACCGUCGGCCUUUGUUCUUUGUUCAAGAAUGGGAUUUAACCAUCGCUGUUUGCUGUGGUCAGAUGAUGAACGCAGCUCUACUGCAUGACAAGCAGAAGCUCAAGUCAUUCUGGGAGCAGAGGAUCUCCCAACACGGGGAGCAGAUGGAUGAAGAGGAGAACCGCAGGAGACGCAGCGCUCUGUGCCGGUCAGCAGGGCUUCACUAAGGGACUAACAGCAACUUUUGGAAAAAAAAAACAAUUGAAAUAAUUUGAGUGGAAAUAAAAUAAAAACUAAGGCAUGAUAAUAGCAUUAAAAUGAUAAAAAUGAAUAAUAUGAAAAAUCCAUACUAUUAUUUAUUUGGCUAAUUGAAAAGAACAGUAGAAAAUAAAAAUUAUAUCUUUAAAUCAGUAGAACCGACAGUAGAUCAUUUUCUUUAAAAAGAUUAAAUAUGACCUUAGAAUAUUAACCAUAAUCAAUACAAACUAAUGAGUUAAUGAAAAUUCUGUCAAUCAUUUCACUUUAUUUUGUUAAUGAAAAUUGUACUUGUUUUGAGUUCAUUUCAAAUGAAGGCUGAAUGAACCAGAGAAAAUGUUCAAAGUCAAUAUGGGAGAAGAAACAAAAAAUUAAAUCUAGAAAACUUUCUCUGUCUGACGGAGAAACUGUGCGUUUGACAUGGUUGAUGUGGUUGAUGUGGUUGACGUGGUUGAUGUGGUUGAUGUGGUUGACAUGGUUGAUGUGGUUGACGUGGUUGUAUCAGGUUUGUCAAUCAUCACCUGGAGGCCUGGGAAUGUUGAUGAGACUCAGAUGGGAUUAAACUAUAAUCCAGGAGAUCAGAGAGAACAAGUGUGGACAGAGCAGGAGAUUAACAGACACAUGAGACGCUGUGAUGACUGACGGACAGAUAAUAACAACCACGUAACUGUGUCACUGCCAACGACAACAGCAGCAACAACAA